AUCCCUUGAGUUUCUCUCCUGCGAGACCGACCGAAGCCACGCCGUACACACCGGAGCAGCUCGAAAGUGUUCCCACGUGCCCUGUUCACCGUCUCUUCGAACGCUCGCUUUUGCUUUACAAUACCAGAAACAAACGAGAGAACACCAAGGUCCAUCUUUUCUUCAAGUCUGAGGCUGGUCCCUGGACCUGCAAGCUGCCAACAUGGCUAAGGACCUGUCUAUGACCUCUCGUACUGGCUCUGCCAAUCAACGGUACGGCCCGAAGGGUGAGAGGCUGGUGGCUGGCAUUGUGCCCUUAUCUGCGGACAAGACUAGAGUCCUCCUCAUACAGUCCACACGCCGCAACGGCUGGGUUCUUCCCAAAGGCGGCUGGGAACUAGACGAGGCUACAGCUUCUGCAGCUGCUCAGAGAGAAGCUUGGGAAGAAGCAGGUAUUAUAUGCAGAGUCGAAAGAGACCUAGGACACAUCCCCGAUACGAGACCUACGACUUCCGUUACCAAGAAUGCACCCAAGGCCAGCUACCACUUUUUCGAGGCGACCGUCACCGAAGAGAGGGCAGAGUGGCCCGAGAAGCACAAGAGAUCGAGACAGUGGUACGCUUAUACCCAGGCCGCUCAGCUUUUGCACGCACGACCGGAAUUGUUGGAAGCUCUGAGAAGAAGUUCGGUCAAGAAAUGAAAGCACCAUGACAAACAACAUAUUCGAAUAUUGGAAUGCCUUGAUACGCAGCUUCGGUGCUACAUGACAAUAUGAGAUGCAUCUCUGAUGCUUUCAUGCUCUGUUCACUGGUGAUUGGUGCCAGGAAUGGUCUCCUUGAUCUCUGCAUUCUAGGUCAGAUACUGAAUAGUUCCUUCCUGGAAGCACUGCUAGAAACAGUCGCAUCAGUGUGAAGAAUGCGUCUGUGAAGUAGCAGCAUUCCUGUGGUGACCUUGACGUCUUCGGAAUCGACCCGUCAAGCAGCAAAAGUCGGCUUGGUCCAGAACGUGAGCCAAUGGCAUUGGCAUCCAACAGCACGAUACUGGUAUUAUGGUCCCUUUUCAUCUGAGAUUCAUGGUGGACAUUUCCGUUACCAAUCGAACAGAUGCCAUCAUGGUCGCCAGCGACCGGCCUGUGUCGAGCAUGCAGGACCAAAUCA